AUGACCAUCUUGCAGUCAGUUUGCUCUGCCAAUAAGGAGUUUUUGCAACGGCAAAUUGCCGCCAGUACCAAAGAAACGUCGCAAAAAAAGUACGGUAAAGAACUAAGAAAAUUUGCCCUGACAUUACAUUAUCUAUCUCCCAAGGCAUCCUACUUUGUGCGUAAAAUUUUCAAAAAGGUCCUGCCUUGUGAGUCCAAUAUCAGAAAAUGGUACAAAGUUCUAGAUGAGAAUCCUGGUAGGACGGCGGAAGCCUUUGAAAGUCUGAAAAGGCGGAGUCAAGAACACAAGGCCAAAGGCAAAUCCAUCCGAGGCUACCUAUCAUUUGACGAGAUGAACAUAAAGAAGAAAAUAGAAUUUGAUGGGUCUCGCUACUAUGGCAUUCCUGACAUGGGUAUUGAUGUAACAGAUGAUGUUACCAAGCCAGCCACGGAAGCUUUAGUUUUUCUUUUUGUUUCUAGCGAUGGCUCCUGGAAGUGUCCUUUGGGCUAUUUCUUG